CAGGAAGCAGAUAGAUGGAAGGAAAUAAAGGAGUCAGAGAAAGGCGAAAUUGUUGUUGUUGAGGGAAGGGAAAGUGGUGAGAGUGGGUGGGGGGGCCUUUGGAUUUGGACAGAAAGACUGAAGAGGAAAUUGAUAACGUGCUUGCCGGCCAUUAAAAACUCUACUUUGCCCGCUCGCUUGCUCUUACUCUGUUUCACGUUUCCUCUGUUUUUUGAAUUUAUUAUUUUCGCUUUUCUUAGCUUUUUUUAUCGGCACUCUGGAGAUUAUUGUGGAGUGGGAAAAAAAAAAAGGAAAAUUGAACAGAAAAGGUGGGAUUUUUAUCACAUGCCGCUUGUAAAAUGUGGAAAGCUCACUUUCGUUGGAAUCUAUCGGGAGAGGUGAAGUAGGUUUCUAUCUGUUCCCCUACAAGAAGAAGCGACAUCUAGGGUUUUUUAUUUUUCGUGGCUCUUUCCUCUAAUGGAUUGAAGAUAUAAAGGGAUUCUAUUUGGUUUUGGGACUCUAUUUGGUUUGUGAGAAGGGAAGAGUAGCUGAGAAGAUUCCAUUCUUUUCUCGCCAAUUUUGUGAAUGAGAGAUGUGGGUCAAGGGUGAGUUGUAGCUUUUAAUGGCUUUUUGUUAUUUAUUUUAGUUGAUAGAGGAAGCUUGAAUUAAUAGUACUAGAAAUGAAGCGGGAUUGGAUUAGCAAGGGUUGAUUCAAAUGGUCAAUGAUGUUGAGGUUUUGAAUUGGAUUGAAUUAUCUAUUCUUGAAGAUUCUGGCUUGCGUUAAUUAAGUUGGUUGAGAGUUUAUAUCGAAAGAUGUUUUGAAUUCAGGAGCUGGAGCUGGUGGGCUAUGGUGGGAUAGCUUAUGCUUCUCACCAAGAAAAAUUGGAAGCCAUUAUUCUAUUUUCCUUGAUGCUUGGGAGCUUUUGGAACCGCUAAGGUUUUUUAUUCUUGGAUUCUUUGAAGCUGUUUGGCUACAAGUAGGAUUUACUUCUAGUUUGAUUCAGAAAAUCCUUUAAAUUCAAAUUUGGUAAAUCGUGAGAGGAUUAUAAUUUGAAAUUUCUUUGGCAGGACAACAGUUAAGUCGUGCUAAGUCUUGAUAAACUAUUUGACAAUUUGUUUCAGUAUUGAAGAUUAGUGAGAGAGAAAUUCUUAAAUCUUGUUUAAAUCCUCUCUAAAAUAGGAUAAAAAAUGGCCCCAUAGGGUUCUAUUCUUACUCUUUACUUGGAACAUGCGUUGUUUUGUGUUUUCCUAUAUUUUUAUGUGACUAAAUUGAUCUUAAUUUUAACCGUUUUUGUCUUCUGUAGGUUCAGUUCAUGGAGUGUUCUAACAAGUAGUGUAGAGAUUAUAUCUCUUGAUGGUUUCAAACCACUUAUUGGAGACUGAAAUUCAUUUUAUCAUAUCAACACUCAUUGAAAUGAAUAUGUUGAAAUCAGAUAGAGUUCAUCCUUCCUGCACCUCUUUAGUUAUAGUGCUACUGGUUUUUUUAUUUCUUAAUGAAUCCCAAGGGCUUAACAUGGAAGGGCAUUACCUCUUGGAUAUUAAGAGCAAACUCAAGGAUGAUUUGAAACACCUUGACAAUUGGAAAUCUGGAGAUGUAACACCUUGUGGCUGGACUGGCGUGAACUGCUCGAGCGACUAUGAUCCAUUGGUCAUCUCCCUUGAUCUCAGUUCCUUAAAUUUGUCCGGUGUUCUCGCCCGAAGCAUUGGUGGUUUAGUGCACUUAUCUUAUCUUAAUCUCUCCUACAAUGACUUCUCAGGAAUUAUCCCUGCAGAGAUUGGAAUGUGCUCAAAGCUAGAAGUUAUGUACUUGAACAACAAUAAAUUUGAAGGCCAAAUACCACCUGAAUUGGGCAACUUGACCUCUUUAAUUAAGUGCAAUAUCUGUAACAAUAGGCUUACUGGAUCUCUUCCUGAUGAGAUUGGCAACCUCUCUUCCCUAGUAGAGUUAGUAGCAUUCACCAACAACCUCACUGGUGCACUUCCUCCAUCAAUUGGCCAACUCAAGAACUUGGUGAUCUUUCGCGCCGGGCAGAACAUGAUUUCCAUGAGCAUUCCUGUUGAGAUAAGUGAAUGUGAAAGGAUAGAAGUUCUGGGCCUUGCACAGAACCAGCUUGGAGGUGAGAUUCCAAGAGAGAUUGGGAAGCUCAAGUACCUGAGAGAACUGAUUCUUUGGGACAAUGAUUUGUCUGGAUCUGUCCCCAAGGAGUUAGGCAAUUGCACAAGCUUAGUGACACUUGCACUAUACCAGAAUAAUUUUGUUGGUGGAAUCCCUGUAGAAAUUGGGAACUUGAAAAAUAUAAAGAACCUAUAUCUAUACCAGAAUGGACUAAAUGGAACUAUACCGAAGGAGAUAGGUAAUCUUACACUGGCGCAGGAAAUUGAUAUCUCCGAAAAUUUCUUGGUGGGAAAAAUUCCUGCAGAAUUGAGAAACUUGAAGGAUUUGCGGUUGUUAUACCUCUUCCAAAAUCAGCUAGGUGGUAUCAUCCCAGCUGAGUUGUGUGAAUUGUGGAAUUUGACAAAGCUUGAUCUCUCAAUUAAUAACCUCACAGGAUCCAUCCCACUUGGAUUGCAGUACUUGCCUGAGUUACUUCAGUUUCAGCUCUUCGACAACAAUCUUUCCGGUGUUAUUCCUCAAGGACUGGGCGUUUAUAGUCCUCUAUGGGUUGCAGAUUUUUCAAACAAUAAUCUCAGUGGCCAAUUGCCUAGCCAUCUAUGCAAACAUUCCAACCUUAUUAUGUUAAAUUUGUGGUCCAACAAGAUUACUGGUAAUAUUCCCAGCGGAAUCACAACCUGCAAGUCAUUGGUACAGCUUCGGUUGGGUGAUAAUGAUCUAACUGGUAGCUUCCCUGCUGAUUUAUGCAAGCUUACUAACUUGAGCAUUAUUGAGUUGGACCGGAACAGAUUUAGUGGCCCUAUUCCUGUUGAGAUUAGAAACUGCAAAGCUUUGCAAAGACUCUCUCUCCCAAUUAACUUCUUCACAUCUGAGCUUCCUCAAGAGAUUGGUAAUUUAUCACAGUUGGUUUUCUUCAACAUCUCAUCUAACAGAAUUGAAGGAAGAAUCCCACCAGAAUUAGUUAGUUGCAAGGCACUUCAAAGACUUGAUCUCAGCCAGAACAGGUUUACUGGAAUGCUACCAAAUGAGCUAGGAACCCUCCUACAGUUGGAACUGCUAAUUCUUUCUGAUAACAAGCUUUCAGGAACAAUUCCCUCCAUUCUUGGCAAUCUUUCUCAUUUAACAGAGUUGCAGUUGGGUGGGAAUCAGUUUUCUGGUAGCAUUCCGAAGGAGCUAGGUGGGCUUGCAAGCUUACAGAUUGCAAUGAAUCUCAGCUAUAACAAUCUAUCUGGUCAUAUACCACCUGAGCUUGGGAACUUAGCUUUACUAGAAUAUCUUUUACUCAACAAUAAUGAUUUAAAUGGUGAAAUCCCUUCUACCAUUGUGAAUCUAUCCAGCUUGCUUGGUCUGAAUGUCUCAUAUAAUAAACUCACAGGACCUAUCCCAUCACUACCACUCUUUCAAAAUAUGCCUUCAAGUAGUUUCAUAGGAAAUAAGGGUCUUUGUGGAGAACCUCUUGCCAGUUGUAAUGGACCUCCAACUCCUCUACCAGAUUCAGAAUCAGCUGGUAACCCAGUAGGUAAGAUUGUUGCAAUAACUGCAGCAUCUGUUGGAGGAAUUGCACUUAUUCUUAUAGCAGUUAUCAUCUACUACAUGAGAAAGCCGGUCGAAACCAUUGCACCUUUCCAAGACAAACCGCUUUCAUCUUCAACCUCUGACUUGUCUAUUUGCCCGAAGAAUGGAUUUACAUUCCAGGACCUAAUCGCAGCCACUAACAAUUUUGAUGAAGCUUUUUCCAUUGGAAGGGGUGCAUGUGGAACUGUAUAUAAAGCUGUUAUGAGUGAUGGAUUGGUGGUUGCUGUGAAGAAGCUUUCAUCUAAUAGAGAAGGUAGUAAUACUGACAAUAGCUUCCAUGCAGAAAUAUUGACUCUUGGUAAUAUAAGACAUAGGAAUAUUGUUAAAUUGUAUGGUUACUGCUAUCAUCAAGGUUCAAAUCUUCUUCUUUAUGAAUACAUGUCGAGGGGUAGUCUCGGCGAGAUGCUUCAUCGGCAAUCUCCGAACCUUGAUUGGGAUACGAGGUUCAUGAUUGCACUUGGUGCUGCUCAUGGUCUCUCUUAUCUGCACCAUGACUGUAAGCCACGGAUUAUUCACCGAGAUAUCAAGUCAAAUAACAUCUUAAUUGAUGAUAAUUUUGAAGCACAUGUAGGUGAUUUUGGAUUAGCAAGACUGAUUGAUAUGCCACAGUCGAAAUCUAUGUCUGCUGUUGCUGGAUCCUAUGGAUAUAUUGCACCAGAAUACGCAUACACAAUGAAAGUUACAGAAAAAUGUGAUAUUUACAGCUAUGGUGUUGUCCUGCUGGAACUUCUUACUGGAAGAACACCUGUGCAACCUUUAGACCAAGGAGGAGAUCUUGUUACUUUGGUAAGAAAUUACAUUAGAGACCAUUCUUUGGAUUCUGGAAUUCUCGAUAGUCAGUUAAAUCUGGAAGAAAAUAAUGUUGUAGAUCAUAUGAUUAUAGUUUUGAAAGUUGCUCUGUUAUGUACAAAUAUGUCACCAUUUGAUAGACCACCAAUGAGGCAAGUUGUACUAAUGUUAAUGGAGUCUAAAGAGAGAAUUGGAAGCUCUCCAUCCUCACCACUCUCUGAUCUCUUUUCAAGGGAGGAUAAUAUUCCAUGAUGUCAUUGCUAUUUUUAAUCAAAUUAAAUGUUCAUAUUCAAUUUCUUAGUC